AUGGAUGCCACCUCAGGUAAAAGGCUGAAUGCAGCUGGUUUAUUAUGCAAUGACCAAGAGUCGUUGGAGAACUCUUUUAAUAAAAAUGACAAUACUAUAACUGACGAAACCAACUCGGGGGAUGGCAUGCUUGAGAAUAUUGAGAAUAACAAGUUUGUUAUGACUGAUAAUUCAUGUCAGACAAAUUAUCAGACAGCGAACGAACGCUGGGGCCUUAAUUAUUCAUGUACAUGGCCAUGGGAUCAAGUUAGUACCGAUAUUGAGAGUCUAAAAUCUAAAAUGUCUACCCUUCAGUCGUCAGUUUUGUUCUUUGAAAAUGUACUCAAAGAUCAUGACACGAUAUUAUCCUUAUAUAACAGAGCGGUGGACUUAAACGAAAAAUACUUAGGUGAGAUAAAUCGGAAAACAAGAUACAUAAAUUCUCUUGAACAAAAGCUAAUUAAAGUCGAGGAAGAAAGAGACACUCUACAGCUCGCGACAAGGCCUAUUGCACAAGACAAACUUUGUCAACAUAGGGGUAAUAGUGUCGGUUGCCAGUGCCGCAAAAGCAACACCCGUACCAUGGCAAAAAAUUCCUAA